UGGGAACCUAAGCUGGAAUAUAGACUACUAUUAGCCAAAAUGAGCAGACAGACUAAGGAGAGAGUUCUAAGUUUCGACCGAAAUGAGUUCUAUAAAAACGCAGACCAAGGAUUCGAUGUUCCUCCUCUAAAUUUUGAGAAAUUUGACUGAAAUGGCUGGACUACCUUUGCUAAGGUGAUCCUAACAAAAGAAAAUGGGUUCAAGAAAUAUGUAAAUUAUGCUAAAAAGUAUAAAAUGGGGAUCGUCAAGAAGAAGUUCUUUGCCACAAAUGAGAAGAAGAAAUCUUUGAAAUUUAUCAAGACCAAUGAUGAGAAAGAUAUCGAACCGAGAAAAACCUUGACUAGUAAGGGAGAAACAAGCGAUAAGAAAGCCAAAAGAAAAGUCUAUGUUAGAUCCAUGAGUAAGAAGCCUCUCAGAAAGAAGAGGAACUAUCUCCAAGACGAAAGAGAGAGGAUCAAGAAAAUUCAGAGCAAAAUGCUUCAAGACAGAAAGACAGCUAAAUAAAUCAAGAAUGGGUCUGCUCCAGAACAAUUACUCCAAAAAUGAAAUGAAACGGUCAGAUGGGAAGGCUCCUAAAACAGCUUUUUACAUGAGUGAUAGGAUCAACACACUUGCACAGCCUAGGGAGAAUUUCAAAGAAAAAUAGCUCAAUGAUUUCACUAAGUAGAAGUAGGACUAGAAGAAACUCUCCGAAGAAGAGUAGCCCUCAGUCUAGGAAUGGGAUGAAGAAUAGCUCAAUGGAGGGGAACAAUUCUCUUGCUUUGCCAUAUCUCUACAACAGAGAAAUCGGUUGCUAUUCAACAAAUCCCAAAAUGUCUUCUCAAAGAGAUAUGUUCAAGGAAUCAUCAACUGAGUCCCUGAUCGAAAGGAAGAGACUAAGAAAGUUGAGAGCCCAAGCAAUGAAAUUAAUAUAUGCUAAACAACAUCAAUAAUGAUUAAAC